AUGGCGGAAGGAGGUGAGCGAGAGGAGCUGCUUUCGCCGCCGCCGAUCUCUCCGGCCAAGAGGCUGUGCUCUUGGCCCAGCCCGCAAGCUCACCACCCCCGCGGGACUCCCGGGGCAGCCGGCGGAGGGGCGGGGGUCGGCGGCGGCGGCUGCCUGGCCCCCGGGGCCCGCCCCCACCUGCAGCCCGAGUCCUUGCUGGACUGCGCCGCCAAGACGGUGGCGGAAAAGUGGGCGUACGAGCGGGUGGAGGAGCGCUUCGAGCGGAUCCCAGAGCCGGUGCAGCGCCGCAUCGUCUACUGGUCCUUCCCGCGGAAUGAGCGGGAGAUCUGCAUGUACUCCAGCUUCCAGUACCGGGGCGGCCCGAGCGCCGGCGCGGCUGCCGGUGUGGCUGCCGGCGCGGCGGGGGCUUCGCCGGUCGAAGAGGGGCCGCCGCCACCCUCUGGGGCCGCCGCUCCGGCCGGCUCCGCCCCCGGGGCCGCCGGGGCGGGCGCGUCCCCCGGGCUGGGCUCUGGGACUGGAGCGGCGAGCGGCAGCGGCGGCGAGGGGCUGCCGUUCCGCCGGGGCAUCCGUCUGCUGGACAGCGGCUCCGUGGAGAACGUGCUGCAAGUCGGCUUCCAUCUGAGUGGCACAGUAACGGAACCAGCCACUGCUUCUGAACCAGCAGUGACUUACAAAGUUGCAAUCAGUUUUGAUCGAUGCAAAAUCACUUCUGUGAGCUGCGGAUGUGGGAAUAAGGACAUUUUCUACUGUGCUCACGUGGUAGCACUCUCUCUCUACAGGAUCCGGAAACCAGACCAAGUCAAACUUCGUCUUCCUAUCUCAGAAACCCUUUUCCAGAUGAACAGGGACCAGCUACAGAAGUUUAUUCAGUAUUUAAUCACAGCACACCACACUGAAGUUCUUCCUACUGCACAAAAGCUGGCAGAUGAGAUUCUGUCCUCCAACUCAGAAAUCAACCAAGUGAAUGGCGCCCCUGACCCCACAGCUGGGGCCAGCAUCAACGAUGAGAACUGUUGGCACUUGGAUGAAGAACAGGUGAAAGAACAAGUGAAGCUUUUUCUCUCCCAGGGGGGUUACUAUGGCUCUGGGAAGCAGCUCAAUUCAAUGUUUGCCAAGGUUCGAGAGAUGCUUCGGAUGAGAGAUUCCAAUGGAGCCAGGAUGCUGACACUUAUCACUGAGCAAUUUAUGGCUGAUCCACGCCUCACACUCUGGAGGCAGCAAGGAACAAGCAUGACAGACAAAUGCAGGCAGCUCUGGGAUGAGCUAGACUCUUUAUCCAGACCAAGACGAACAGUCUUCACUAGAGCCAUUGAAGGUCGUGAGUUACAUUGGCAGGACAGCCACCUACAACGAAUAAUCAGCAGUGAUAUCUAUACAGCUCCUGCCUGCCAGCGUGAAAAUGAGCGACUACUCUUUAACUCCCAUGGCCAGCCACUGUGGCUUGAGCAUGUGCCUACAGCCUGUGCUCGAGUUGAUGCGCUACGAUCACAUGGGUAUCCAAAAGAGGCUCUCAGACUCACGGCGGCCAUCAUUAAUACUCUGAGGUUGCAGCAGCAGCGGCAGCUAGAGAUCUACAAACAUCAGAAGAAAGAGUUGUUGCAGAGAGGAACGACAACAAUCACAAACCUGGAGGGCUGGGUGGGCCAUCCCCUGGAUCCCAUUGGCUGCCUGUUUCUCACUUUGACUGAGGCCUGCCGCCUGAAUGAUGACAGCUACAUGGAGAUGUCAGAUAUGAGUGAAAGCAGACUUCCUGUGUACCAGCAUGUACCUGUGGCUUCAGGCUGCCCCAACAGCAACGAGUCAUACCUGUCAUUGGCCCUGGAAGUUGCUCUGAUGGGCAUGGGUCAACAGAGAGUGAUGCCUGAAGGCCUCUAUGCACAGGACAAGGUAUGCCGUAAUGAGGAGCAACUCCUAAGCCAACUCCAGGAACUGCAGCUAGAUGACGAGCUAGUACAGACACUACGGAAACAGUGCAUCUUACUACUGGAAGGAGGCCCCUUCAGCGGUCUAGGAGAAGUUAUCCACCGGGAGAGUGUCCCCAUGCACACCUUUGCAAAGUAUUUGUUCUCAGCUCUGCUGCCUCAUGAUCCAGACCUGUCUUAUAAGUUAGCCUUACGUGCCAUGAGGUUACCUGUUCUAGAAAACUCAUCUUCUGCAGGAGACACUUCCCACUCCCAUCAUAUGGUGUCGGUGGUGCCCAGCCGUUAUCCUCGCUGGUUCACUCUUGGACACUUGGAAUCACAGCAGUGUGAACUGGCCUCCACCAUGCUGACUGCUGCCAAAGGGGAUACGCUGAGGCUACGAACUAUCCUGGAAGCAAUACAGAAGCACAUCCAUUCUUCCUCCCUCAUCUUCAAACUAGCUCAAGAUGCAUUCAAGAUUGCUACUCCCACGGACAGCAGUACAGACAGCACUCUGCUCAACGUAGCCCUGGAGCUGGGGUUACAGGUGAUGCGGAUGACCUUAUCAACCCUCAAUUGGAGGCGCAGAGAGAUGGUUCGAUGGUUGGUUACUUGUGCUACAGAAGUGGGUGUGCGGGCCCUGGUGAGCAUCUUGCAGAGCUGGUACACACUCUUCACCCCAACUGAGGCUACAAGUAUUGUGGCUGCCACAGCUGUCUCCCACACCACUAUCCUGCGCCUCAGCCUUGACUACCCACAGCGGGAGGAACUGGCUAGCUGUGCUCGCACACUGGCCCUACAAUGUGCUAUGAAGGAUCCACAGAGCUGUGCCUUGUCAGCUCUUACACUUUGUGAGAAAGACCACAUUGCCUUUGAGGCAGCCUACCAGAUUGCCAUUGAUGCUGCUGCCGGCGGCAUGACUCAUUCACAGCUCUUCACCAUUGCCCGCUACAUGGAGCUCCGUGGCUACCCGCUACGUGCCUUCAAGCUGGCCUCACUGGCCAUGAGCCAUCUUAACCUGGCCUACAACCAGGACACCCAUCCAGCCAUCAAUGAUGUGCUCUGGGCUUGUGCUCUCAGCCACUCUCUGGGCAAGAAUGAACUGGCAGCUCUCAUCCCCUUGGUAGUGAAGAGUGUGCACUGUGCCACUGUGCUUUCUGAUAUCCUGCGACGGUGCACAGUGACUGCACCAGGCCUGGCAGGCAUCCCAGGCCGCCGCAGCUCUGGAAAGCUCAUGUCAACGGACAAAGCUCCACUGCGCCAGCUACUGGAUGCAACCAUCAAUGCCUAUAUCAACACCACACACUCUCGCCUGACACACAUCAGUCCCCGCCACUACGGAGAGUUCAUUGAGUUUCUGAGCAAGGCCCGUGAGACCUUCCUACUGCCUCAGGAUGGUCACUUGCAAUUUGCCCAAUUCAUUGACAACCUCAAACAGAUAUACAAAGGCAAGAAGAAACUGAUGCUGCUCGUUCGGGAGCGCUUUGGCUGA